CUGACGUUGAUAUUAAUCCACGGUCACGCAAUCACGCGAUCGCCGGAACCUCAAAGACGUCAGUAACAUUGCUUCUCGCUGGUUUUGAACAGUGGUUAAAAUCUCUUUUCGAUUAGAAAAAUGGUUGCCCACGCUGAUAUCCUUCUAUCGAAGUGUGCUCAGUUUCGAAACGAUAGUCAAUUCAUCGACGUUCGAUUAAAAGUUGGUGAAGAUAUUUUUCCAGCUCAUCGCAUCGUGCUGGCUGCGAAUAGCGAUUAUUUCUACGCCAUGUUUACAGAUGGAAUGAAGGAGUCCAACCAGGAAAUGAUCGAGCUCAAAGAUGAAAGCAUCUCACCAGAUGUUUUAAAGAUCAUACUGGAUUCGAUCUACACUGGAGAUCUUCUUGUAAACGAGGACAACGUGUCCAAGGUUCUCGCUGCCGCAGAUCAUCUUCAAGUUGCAAGUGCUGUCCAUCAGUGUUGUAAUUUCUUGCUGACCGAAUUUGUCAAGCUUCGUUUCGACUUUGAAACUUAUUGUCGCAUCUGGGAAAUUGCGUUGAGCUAUAAACUGAAAGAUCUGCAAGACGCCGCAGAAUGUAACGUAGCUAAGAUGUAUGCGGAUGUCUGUGAUAGCGAAGAAUUUCUGACGCACAUCGGUGGAAAUCAGUUAGUCAGCCUUCUUAGCCGAGAGGAACUCACUGCACCUUCUGAGACGUUUGUCUUUAAAUCUGUGAUGCAAUGGAUUAACUUCAAGAAGGAAGAGAGAAUGGCAGUCGCAGGCAAAGUUAUCGGGGCUGUUCGUCUGGGGCUGGUUGAUAUUGGAGUUGUGAUUGAUGACCUCAACACAGAGGAGAUGCAACAAAUUCCUGAAAUUUACAAGCAGGUUUACGAAGCAUCAAUUUAUAAACACAGGCCAACCUAUAAACCCAAGUCUUCAGUGGAGCAAACAAAGCCACGAUUAAAGAACCCAGUUCUUGUAGCUGUUCUUCCUGAGAAAAUGAUGCAAUACUUCGAUGUUGAGGCCAAGACUUGGAAAACGUUACCGGUUUUCUCAGCGCAAAUUGCGGCAACUCAUUGUUUCUGUGCAGUGUCUGUUGGCGAUAAGUUGAUGGUUGCUGCGCGGGACUCCUUAGGUAACUGCAUUUACCGUUAUGGUACAGUAGAAAAUGCGUGGGAGAGACUCCCGUAUUCAGGUGGUGGCAUCAGUGAUCUGUGUGUUACAGAUGAGUUUAUGUAUGCAGUAAGUGCAAGCUUCGAUCCAUAUCCCCAAAGGUACAAUUUUGCUGAACGGCGUUGGCAACCAUUUGCUAGCAUGGAAACUGUCAAUAAUUUUAACUUAAGUGGCGCAGUAGUAUUGAGCUCAAAGGUGUAUGUUCUGGGGAGAAGGGAAACGGCGAUAAACUUUUCCAGUUUGUUUGGCGUUCCAUCGAUAAAACAGGCCGAGUUACACUGUUUUGACCCUCAAAAGAAUGAGUGGGAAGUAAAAGCAACAACAUCCUCCCCUCACCUUGGAUCCAUCCUUAUAGUCGUGAAAAACAAACUCUACGUUGCUGGGGGCAAAGGUAUUGCUUUUGAUAGACGGAAUGUUGAAUUUGACAUCCCUUCACCCGUUGAAAUGUAUAAUGAGGAAACCAACAGUUGGACUGUUGUUGAACAAAAAAAUAUUCCCGCCAACAAUCUCGGUGCAGUGGAAAUAGAAGGGAGGGUGUAUUUUAUUAUCAAUAAAUUUCCAAUUGACAGUGGAAUUAGAAUUGCACACGGGUCCCUGAAUUCUACUGUUCUGAAGGAGUGGGAGAAUUUGGGAAAAAUUGAUCAAAAUGCAGCCCUUGGUUAUACAACAAUAAAGAGGUAAAGAAGAGAGAGAUAAACGAGUUGAGGGUGGCUCUUUGUCUGAUUUCUCCUAGUUACUCGCAAUGCAAACUGGCUGAUGUUAUUUCUCGUAUAUAUUCAUUCCUUCAUCCGUGUUUUAGCGCACUUUUGAAAGGCAAAAUGGAUGACCGUGUAAAAACAUACCGUAUGUGAGAAGAGAAUUUAAAAUUAUGAUGCUAAACAUCCGUGUUGUAAGUCACUUUUAAUAAGGACCGCAGUGCAUUGCGUGUUUGUUAGGAGAAGACGGCGUCAAACCAAGAAAAUAGUCUCUCGUUGAUAAAGUUGUCUGUUAAGCAAAGAAGUGGCAGAUCAUAUGUGGAGAAAGAGGCAAAUUAUAAUGUGUUCGUUUUUCCUUAAAUAAAUAUGUUCAGGAUUAGGUAAAAGUAAUCUGUAUUAUGACUUGCGGAUGAAAAUAAGUAACAAAAUGCAGGUGUUCUGCAAUCAAAGAAAUUGCAGAAGUCAAGCUUAAAACACCUCAAACUUCGGCAAGCUUCGAACCCGUGUCUCGCUCCCCGCGUUUGCCUGAUAAUGAAUCAAAAUUGUGAGAACGUUUUUUAUGUUUAACUAUUCAGAAAGUUAAAGCGUCAAAUAUGGCAAACUUAGUCUUCAGUUAAUUCUCUAACCGCAGAACAUCUUUGAAUUAUAACAUAACCAAAGUAAAGCGCGCGCUCUGAUUGGUCAAUUUA